AGAAAAGAAAGAGUAUCCCUCCUGCCUUACCCUAGAUUCUGCAGAAAGCAAAGCUGGAAAAAAAGGCCUAGUUUAUUGGGAAUGUAGUCCAGUGGUAUAGGACAGGGGGAUUGAGACAGGAAAGAAAGAAAAGCCAGUACAAGGGUGCUUUACGACGUUGGCUUUUGCUGCAGGCAACUGGUACUCAACCCCACUGGGACCUUCUGGAGAACCUCGUGAAAUGUCUCCUAGAACUCUCCACCUGGAAACUGUCAGCUUCCAACCCCCUCUGGUCAAGAAGUAGCCCCACGGGCACUAACUACCCCCAAAUUCCCAGGCUGCACAUGUUCAAGCACAAAACUCCCCAUGCCAAAGCAACAGAGAAGCUCCAGAGGCAGAAGCAAACUGUGAAAUGUGCAAAACAGGUCGGCUGCACCAGCAUGAGUCAGCUGUUUACCUACAGAAUGCUCCAGAAUUCUAUACAGGGGUAGAAGGCUGAUUGAAACAGAAGGGGUGGGUGGGUACUAAAACCUUCUUCAUCCUACCCCUUGGUUCUAUCACUGUGCUCACCUGAGGUGCCCUCAACCAUGGCUACAGUAACUGCAAUCCUGUCCAGCAUGGCUGCCGGAAGUCUCUUCUGUGAAGGUAGCUGAGGUGGAGGGGUGGGAGUGCCGUUGAGGGUGGCCUGUUGAGCCCAGCACUCUCCAAAAAGUGGCCACUAUAUAUGAGGUAGAUGGCCCACUCCUGCAGUGGCAGGGCCAUGAGUAGAGAGGGGUAACUCUGGGUGCUAAAACAAAACUUGAGACCGACACAGAAACAACUGGCCCACAAAGCUCACAGUCUGUCUACCGCCAAAGCCAAUGGCUCCCCCAGGCUGCCCAAUGCAGUCUUCUCUCCCCUUGAGACUACUGGUUUGUGUGAGGUAGUGAGGGAGGGGCUGUGUGGUUGGUCUAGGCCACACCCUCUGAGGAGAUGCUGAUAAAAAGGGAAAGCUGAGCAAGCUUCCUCAAAUCAUACUUAACACCCUACCCAUCCCUUGCUUUGACUUAAACAUUUCUGGUGAAGAACAUCAGAUCUUCUAGGGAGUAAAAGGAAGUUGGAAGAUAUAUCACCCAAAGAAAAACUGAGAAACUUGCCAUUAUUUUGGAGACAGCAAGAAAAGAACAUCUCAGAACUGGGGCCUCAUCCUUUGAUUUUUUUAACACAAGAGAAAAAGAGCAAUUGUUCUUCAGCAGCAAAAGCCAUGGAUCACGCAGCAAAGUGGAAAACACCACUACUGAAGCACCCAUAUCCCAAGCUCUUUCUGCUCUUGAUGCUAGCUAGUCUUUUUUACUUCUGUUCAGGUAUCAUCCAGGUGAACAAGACAGUGGAAGAAGUAGCAGUACUAUCCUGUGAUUACAACAUUUCCACCGAAGAACUGACGGAAAUUCGAAUCUAUUGGCAAAAGGAUGAUGAAAUGGUGUUGGCUGUCAUGUCUGGCAAAGUACAAGUGUGGCCCAAGUACAAGAACCGCACAUUCACUGAUGUCACCGAUAACCACUCCAUUGUGAUCAUGGCUCUGCGCCUGUCAGACAAUGGCAAAUACACCUGUAUCAUUCAAAAGAUUGAAAAAGGGUCUUACAAAGUGAAACACCUGACUUCGGUGAUGUUAUUGGUCAGAGCUGACUUCCCUGUCCCUAGUAUAACUGAUCUUGGAAAUCCAUCUCAUAACAUCAAAAGGAUAAUGUGCUUAACUUCUGGAGGUUUUCCAAAGCCUCACCUCUCCUGGCUGGAAAAUGAAGAAGAAUUAAAUGCCAUCAACACAACAGUUUCCCAAGAUCCUGAAACUGAGCUCUACACUAUUAGCAGUGAACUGGAUUUCAAUAUGACAAACAACCAUAGCUUCCUGUGUCUUGUCAAGUAUGGAAACUUAAUAGUAUCACAGAUCUUCAACUGGCAAAAAUCAGAGCCACAGCCUUCUAAUAAUCAGCUCUGGAUCAUUAUCCUGAGCUCAGUAGUAAGUGGGAUUGUUGUGAUCACUGCACUUACCUUAAGAUGCCUAGUCCACAGUAAGUACUAUCGUACUAUCAUUCUGACCUUGAUUCCUGGAAGCCCAAACUCCAUCAGUAUGGGUCAGCGUCUCUCUGAGGUUUUAGCCUCGGUUAUAGCCUCCUCCCGUUUUAUGGAAACUUUAGUGUCUCAUUUAUGUGUCUCACCAAGUUCUGUUCAUCCACUGGACAGACGUUUCUCGGACACCUACUAUGUGCCCCGUUCUCUACUAGGCACUGGAGUUACAAGUAUGAGCAAUCACUCCCCUCACGACACAUUCUAGUUUAGUCCUUUUAUUUUCCCCCCUAACUUUAUAUUUUCUUGGAGAUGCUGAGGCCUGCUAACUAAUUUGAAGACAUUUCUGAUGCAAAGUGAUAUUCUAAUCUUUGAUUUUCAAUUGGAGAAAAGUCAGAAUGCCAAGGUUUGGGGCUAAGACUCAUCCCACAGGUAGGAUAAAAAGGUCUGGUGGGCUCAAGGAUGAUUUUGAUACAGACUGCCCAGCCUUACCCCUCUAGUUCAGGAUUUCCCAUUCUUAAUACUACUGACAUUUGGGGCCAGAUAAUUCUUUGUUUUAGGGUUCUGUUCUGUGCAUUGUAGCAUAUUUAGCAGCAUCUCUAGGCUCUACUCACUAUAUGCCAGUAGCACCCCUGCCCCAGUUGUGACAACCAAAAAUGUCCCUAUUACAUUACAAAUGUUCCAGGGAAGGUGUGGGGGGAGGGGGUGGUUAGAAAUCUCCCUGGUUUAAGAACCACUGACAUAGUUCUAAUCCAGCAAAGGCUUGCUCAGAUAUAUGGGCACCAUUUAAGGGAAACUAACCUAUCUAAAUCUUUAUUGUUUGUGCUUGUUUUCAAGGACCUGCUGCAAGGUGGAGACAAAGAGAAAUGGGGAGAGCAUGGAAAUGGAAAAGAUCUCACCUGUCUACAUAGAUUCUGCAGAACCACUGUAUGAGCAGAGCGUCUGGAGGUAGCCUCUUUAGCUCUUCUCUACUAGGGUGGAAUAUAUGAGAUACAUGGAUUAUGAGGCACAGUGCCUUCUUCCUCUCAGCACCAAAUUUAAGCUCUUUCACCUACUACUACUAACCUGAAUUAAAAACCUAACUCAGGUUACUCUAAACAGGUGAUUGGCAUCUCUUCUCCCCACAUACGACUUGCUUAUUGUAUAACUUCUUUCUCUGCUGUACCAUUCUGCCAUGUUGAAAUGUCUCCCUCUUGUCAGUCAACUCAGUGUCUUACAUUACCUAUAAAACACUACUUUAAGUGCAUCUUGAAUAUUCCUGGCCCAACUCCUUGUGCUGAUCAUUCCUUUUCCCCUGUAUCCUUCACUGAUGGACACUGAUUGGGGUCACUUACUGGUCACUCUGUACACUGGUCACUCAGUAACAUCCUCUUUGGUCUCCCUGCCUCUUAUAGAGCCAUCCUACUAACCCAGUAACAGAGCUAAAUUUCAUAAUCACUUCUCCAUGUCAUUUUUCCCACUUAAAAACUCAGAAGAGACCCCCCCCCCCCAUGCCUUGAAAAGUUUGAAGACUUUGAACUUUCCACAUUUCAGUUGAUCUCUUUAGUAUAAACAUUCUCAGUUCUUUCAACUGUUCUCCAUGUAGUAGUUCCAGAAGCUUCAUGUGAAUACACUAAAUGUCAACAAAUGGAGUCCAGGACUUUAGAUAUGGUCUAAUUCUACAUACAAUGAGAAAAUUACUAUCUGGGAUCUGAAAUGUUCUUUAUGUUAAGGAAGACUAACACAACAUCAGCUUUUUUUGAGUCAGUAUUAACUUACAUCAAUUUUGUAUUAUCCUAAACUACCCAGUUCUUUUCAGUAAGAGAAACAUUAGAAUCCAAGAGACUGAUACCAGAUCCAGGGUGAUUGAUAGCCUCCAUAAACAGUUCCGUUUUGACUUACGAAGUUAGGGUGAAAAAGUAUAAGAAAUGCGAGUCUCUCUGCUGAAUCAUUAACUGUGAACUCGCAGGAAAUAUGGCAGAUAAAAAAAACAUGUUGAAGACACCAUGAAGAUAGAGUCAGCCAAAUCCAGGAUGUGAGAAAUUAUAAGACAAAUGACCCAAUUUCUUCAACAAGUAAAUGGCAUAGAAAGGGGUGUUAUAGAUCAAAAGAAACCUGAGACAUAUGAAUGAAAAGUAACACUUGUUUCUUGUUUACUCUGUGAUUCAAACAAGCCAAUUGUCAAAAUACAUUUUUUAGGUAAUUGGAGAAAAUUGAACACCAUCUGUAUGUUAGAUGUUAAUGAAUUGUUUAUUAAUCUUGUUAGAUAUGAUAAUGCUGUAAUGAUGCUAACAUAAGCAUCACCUAUGAGAAAUACAUACAUACUCAAGCAUCUGCACAUAAAAUGAUGUGCUACCUAGGAUUUAAAAUUAUCUGAAGAAAUUAAAAUUUGGGUAGGCAUAGGGAAAGAUGAAACAAGAAUAGCAGAAAAUGCAUAGUUGUAAGCUAGUGAGGAGGCCCAUGAAUUCACUGAAUCUAGUCUUCUAUGCAAUGUAUGAACCUCUCUGAAAUAGGCUGGUGCCUUUGGGCUAUUAGUAUGAAUGUAACUUUCUAUAGUGUUACUAUCAUUGAAGAAAUAAAGAUGUUUUCACAGGGGGAGAAAAAAAGAAACAAGAGUCUAUGGAGUUACCUUUACAAAACAAAAGGAAAUUAAACACAACACCUGAGAUAUAUUUAAUAGAUUUUGUUUUACAAAAGCAUUAUUUCAUUUUAGUCUUAUAAAAAUCUCUAUGAGCAAGUUCUUUACAUCCAUUUUAUAGGAAAGAAACCUGAGGCACCCUCCCACAGGCUGAGUGAUUUUCCCAAGGUCGGGCAGGCAAGGAGAAAAGCCAGAACUCAAACUGGGCAUUAAGCUCCGGUUCCUUUCACACCAUAGCAGCCUAUACACAUUUCCUCACAAUAGUCUCUCAGUUUCCUAUCCUGUUUUCUUUACAACUUCUUUAGGAUGCUCUGUCCAGGAUGUCCCCCUCAGUUCUGUGAUUACCUAGAGCUUCCCUGACUUCCCUUAUUAACAGUCUUCUGCUCAGUUGGCUGAUACCUCAUAUUGAAGCCAUGGGUCCAGUCUUCUACAUGGCCAUCUUGUCCAGUUCAAGCAACAAUGCCUUUGAACUGCUGUAGCAGUGCUAUCUUGAGCACAUCACAUUCCAUCCCGGGUUUAUUUUCACAUGCUGUGUCUUAUAUUCUUUACUAAAUUGUAGGCUUAUUGAGAACAAACAUGCCUGAUAUGUCUGUUUGCCUCAUAGGCAGAAGAGUAUUGCCUUGAUCAAUAGUUUGGUUGAUAACUGGUGCUUAAUAUUUUUCUGACAUUUCAUGUAUCAGAAAUUGUCAGACUUGUCCUAAAUUCUCCCAUAAUUCAGACUUCCCUUUAUAUUCUUUAGCCAUGAAGAUUAAUAUCUACAAUGCCCCCUCAAUUUGGGAGCACCUAUGUGAUACAAAAUAUAAAAUUUUAAAAUGUUUUCUUCCUUUGGGGAUUUAGGGUUUAAAGUAUUUUAUUUGUUUGUUUCCUCAGGUCCCACCUCCAUCUUAGAUUGACCUCUUUGAAUUUCCUCAGAUGGCCAGGAUUAUCCCACCUUGUACUUCAUGUAUCUGUUUUCUAGGAGCCUCUUCAUUUCAGUGGCUCUGCAGAAAGUGACUAGUGGAAUACAGUGGGAACAUUAGUAGCUCUGGUAGGCUUGGUCAAAGAAUUUAGAAACACAGAAUUGCUUGAGCCUGGAAGAGACAUUUGAAAAUACUUGUUAAUGACAAGGACAUCAAGGCCCAGGAGGUGACCUCAAUGAUCAAGGCCAGAGCCAGAACCCAGAUUUCCUGUGUCUGGUGCUCUUUUCCAUCAUCAGUCUGGGUCUGUGGUAUUAACUGGUGUAUAUAUACAUACACACCAGUCACAACGUUUCUGGAAAAAGAAUUUGUCCAAUGUCAGGCCAACUUUAUGGACUUGAUCUGAUGCAACACUGAAGGACUUUAUGUUGUAAAAAGCAAUCUGAUGCUAAUGUGUGGGUAGUAUGCUGGUAUGUAUACCAAUAUGAGGAUGAUGGAACAUUGUCUAUGUGUAGCCAGUAUUUCAUUUUCCUUUGUGCUCUCCUCUGUUGCUCUCCCACUUCUCUAUCAGGUUCUGGAGAAAGACCUAUCCAAAACUAAUAUCCUCUAACAUGUAAGAUGAAUGAUUUAUACACUUCAAAACAGUAGCCAGGUUGGAGAGGGAUAGUCACAUCCUACUGGUUCAUAUUGGACUGAUAAUCUCCUUAAAUGGCUUCAUGUUGUUUAACCUCAUUUAUAAAAUAUUUAUGAGAAAGUUCUCAUUUAAAAUGAGAUAGGUUUUUAUUGUGUAUUACUAAACAGUAAGCUAUCUUUAGAAAUUGAGGUAAUGAAAGUAGCAUUCCAUAGGGCUUCCUCAGAUCACUAAAGUGGCUUUUCCUCCUUGGCAUUUCUGAUCCUUCUGAGAUCAGCAGAGAAUUGAAAAGUGGCAAACUGCUACUCCUGUGUUACUUACUCAUGACUCCCCUUUCUCUGACGUUGCCUUCCACAACUCAGUGGACCAGGAAGUGGUCCUUGGUCCUAACUUAAGCUGGAGGAAUCAGAUAUUCUCAUUUGAAAAUUUGAAGUUGGAUAGCAAGUUGACCAAGUAUCUCAAAUAUGGCUAGAUUUAAAACAUUUAAUUUUGAUAGCUAUAAAAGGACUGAAUUAUGCUAUAUAGUCUAAGAAACAGAAGUACACUUUUAAAUGGUUGCUCUCAGAACAAAAUCAUGGAAGAAAUAAAAGUAGGAGACUGACAAAAACUUUAAGCAAAGAAACAAAAAAAAGGGAGUUGCUGCAUUUGGUUAAGAUUAGUAAUCCUUAGACAUGAUCAAAAGGAGACCUCAAGAAGUAGUCACAAAACAGAAGACACCUAAGAGAGCUUAUUUAUAUUUAAAAUAAGUUAUAUUGUUACUUAUUACAUUUGAUAAAUGUGUCAGUACUAUUUUUUUCAAAAAGUGGUAUUUUACCUUCAUUCUGGUAUUUUUGUGAUAUUAAAAAAAAUAUUUUAAAAACCAACCACUAGUUUUAUAAUUUCUAGUUGGGAGAAUUUAAUCUAUAUGUGUAUAUGAAUAAAGCAAUAAAGAGAUUGACUAACUGCCAAUUUGUCAGCAAUUUAUGAAUAGGAUAAUUGAGAAAAACAGGUUUUAUGGAAUGUGGUGAGAACAUGUAAAUCGUGGUAAAAAUAUACUUGUGCACAGGUUCUUCUAGCCUUAUAACUACUACUAUUUGUUUUUCUAUCAUCCCCUGUGGGCCACGGCAUUGUGUUACGCUCUACAUGCAUCAUUUCAUUUAAUACCCAUUGUGAUAUGGAUACUGUUUCAUUUGAUACAGGGGAAAACUGAGACUUAAAGUAGAAUGGCUUUGCUUUGGUCACAUGGCUGCAAAGCCAUAGAUGCCAAGCCAGCGAUUUGCCUCCAGAGCCCAUGGUUUCAGCCAUUACACCACGUGGCUACACAAACCUGGCUCCUGAAAAUGGUUAUUUUUAGGGCAGGAACUAAAAACAAAGAGGCCCAACAUGAAAACAAAGCACUAGAUGUACACUUAGUGCAUUGCUCCCCCCUCAUUUAGUAAAAGUUUCAGUCUGCAUGAGAGCUUCCUUCUAAAGGAGCAAGCUCCUGCAAUGUACAGACUGAAUAUCUAUGCUAAGUAUCUUCUGCAUAUUAUAGCAUAGACAUUUUGUCAGCAACACUAAGAAGAAAAAAAGAUGGGCUCCUUUUUUUUUUUUUUGUAAUAAUGCUUAUCUACUUCAUUUUUGUUAAAUUUAUGUCUUAUUUCAAAUGACAUAGGAAUUAUCUUUUUUAUUAAAACAAAACCAAACCCCACUACACACUUAGGCCCACAAUGUUUCUAGAAUCCAAAGGCACAAGGAUUUCAUCACAGACCCAUUUGCCUUACCUAGUGAUACCUCCUCCUUCUAGUGACUAAGUAUCUUUUUAAAAGGCUGCAAGAAUAAACAUACAAUCCACAGAUUUCAACUCCAAUUUUGGGAAAUUUUUAAUUUACUAUUGUAAAAUUCAGGGCAAAGAAAUAUGUAUUGAUUGACCAGUACAGAUACAAUGCCAAAUAUAUAGAUCAAUCAGGAAAGACUAUGUGUUUAAAUUUAAGGAUAAGUAAAGUGAGUGUACAAUUGCCCAAUUCUUGGUGAAAACAAAAGAUAAGAGCAAGUCACUGCCACUAGAGGUGCCAGCACUUAUAUCUGUCAGCAGGCUGGCCAAGGAGAAGACUAGCCUUUGGCAUUCAAUGGACAGGGCAACAUAGAUCCCUUCAAUUUGCCAAUGAAUUUUAAGUCCAGAACAUUUUCAGUCUUUGUCUUGUUUACUUGUUGAUGAAGGGUUUCUAGGAAGAUUUAGUAGUG